AUGUCCUUAAUCAUAAUCAACCCUGAGAGGAUCGCUCAAGUGCAAACAACUGUUCACAAAUUCGUCACGGACUUCUCGAAACCACAGUCGACUGAUGAAGAUGUACAGUCAUUCCUCUCGGUCUACCAUCCAGACAUCCAUUGGUCGGACCAUGCAUUCCUCGUGACCCGUGUUGGACACGAGGCUGUCUUGGGACUCUACCGCGCCUGGAACCAUUGUAAUCAGCCCUUUCGAACCGAGGCCAUAAUCCCUACUGCCUCGGGUGCUAUUCUCGAACUGAUCUGGAUUGGCCGCUGCGCAAACGACAUUGUCCGUCCCAGCGGCGAGGUGGCUGUCAAGGCUAGCGGGAAGGACUAUGUCUGCCAUGUGUGCCUGAUUGCGGAGAUCGAUGAGCAGGGCCGCAUCACCAAGAUGGAUGAGUAUUAUAACCGCCGAUGGGAUGACGGUAUCCCACAAGAGAAGUACGCAGUGCUGAAAGGUGCCAGUCUCAAGACUGAAUAA